GAUUUUCACUGAAGGAAGCCAUGAAGCGCUUCUUCAAACCAGUGGAGAAGGACGGGCCCUCGAAGAAACCCUGCUCCUCCUCCUCCUCUUCGUCUUCGCCUGCGCCCGCAGGUGGUGUCAAUGCCGAAGCAUCGGCCUCGAAAGCAGAGCCGCUCAAGUUCCUCACUUGGAACGCCAACAGCCUGCUCCUCCGUGUCAAGAACAACUGGGCGGAGUUCUCUAAGUUCAUCCAAACCCUAGACCCUGAUGUCAUCGCCAUUCAGGAAGUACGAAUGCCUGCAGCUGGUUCGAAAGGUGCACCAAAAAACCCUAGUGAAUUGAAGGAUGAUACAAGUGCAUCACGUGAAGAAAAGAAGAUGUUACUGAAAGCAUUGUCAGCUCCUCCAUUUGGAAAUUAUCGUGUAUGGUGGUCUCUAUCUGAUUCCAAGUAUGGGGGGACUGCCUUAUUUGUUAAAAAGGAGUUUCAGCCAAAAAAGGUCUCAUUUUCCCUGGACAGAACUGGUUCAAAGCAUGAGCCUGAUGGUCGGGUGAUUUUGGCUGAAUUCAAAACAUUUCUUUUACUAAAUACAUAUGUACCGAACAAUGGUUGGAAAGAAGAGGAAAAUUCAUUUCAAAGAAGAAGAAAAUGGGAUAAAAGAGUUCUGGAUUUUGUACUAAAUAUGGACAAGCCUUUGAUAUGGUGUGGGGACCUGAAUGUUAGCCACCAGGAAAUUGAUGUUAGCCAUCCCGACUUUUUCAGCAAUGCGAAGCUUAAUGGUUAUGUUCCUCCAAAUAAUGAAGACUGUGGUCAGCCUGGAUUUACCUUGGCAGAGAGGCGCCGCUUCAGUAACAUCUUAUCAAUGGGGAAAUUAGUAGAUGCUUACAGAUUUCUACACAAAGAGCAAGACAUGGAGUGUGGUUUUUCUUGGUCUGGCAACCCGAUUGGCAAGUACCGUGGGAAAAGAAUGCGGAUUGAUUAUUUCAUAGUUUCAGAACAGCUCAAGGGUAGGGUUCUUGCUUGUGAUAUACAUGGGCGAGGCAUUGAAUUGGAAGGGUUUUAUGGAAGUGAUCAUUGCCCAGUUACGCUUGAGCUUUCAUCGGAAACAUCAGAAUCGAUUGUAACAGAUGGAGCCUGAAUUUCAGAAUGCUGUGUCAGUCUUGUCAGUAACUCACAUGGCCUGGUACUGUAUUAUUCUCACUUUGGUGCUAAUUAAAUGUGGUAACUGGGAUUUACCUGGUAGUUUUCACAAUUGCCAUUUCUCGUCUGGUUUGAAAAUGAAGACACCUACACAACUAGCACUAGGUUCGAAUCCCUUUUGUAUGAGUUUGUAUCCAGAUGUUCUGCUUUCUAUUUUUCUCUCUUUGAUGUUAAAGAGAAACUUUGGCAAACCACUACUUUAUUAUAGUAUUGUAUCAUUGUAGUUCUCAACAAUCUCAAUCAUCUAAUUGUGGAAAGCUCUUACCAAUAUCAGUGUCCCUUCCGUUUUGACAUGUAACAUCUUAUUAAACAAUGUAGCUUUCACUUCUUAAACAGAUUAGGUAUGACUGGUGGAUGAUCUGCUGUCAUGCUUUCGUUUUCUUGUG